GCGGCCAACUUUAUUCGAGGAAGUGGGUUGAGAGGCAGCUGAAGCGACACAGAAGAGUGUCGUUUAUUUUGCACUUUUUGAGGACUAAAAACAGCCCUGCGACCUCUUCAACAUGUCACAUUUUGACAGCAACCCGUUCGCGGAGCCUGCCAGCGACAACCCUUUCAAUGAUCCUUCAGUUACACAAGUGACCAACUCCAACAUGGAGUCAGUCGACCAGUACAGCCCUUUUCCUGAAGAUGGCACCGGUGGUCUUGCUACACACACAACCCCAGCCUCCACCACUCCGUACCAGCCUGCUGUGUUACAGCCAUCUACAGAGCCCAGUCCACAGGCGACGGCUGCUGCAGCUCAGGCCAAUCUGCUGAGACAGCAGGAGGAGCUGGAGAGGAAAGCUGCUGAGCUGGACCGGAGAGAGCAGGAGCUCCAGAGCAGAGGCCCGACAGGUAAAGCCAACAACUGGCCUCCACUUCCUAAAAGGUUUCCCAUCAAACCAUGUUUUUAUCAGGAUUUCUCUGAGGACAUCCCUCCAGAGUAUCAGCGAGUUUGCAAGAUGAUGUAUUAUCUCUGGAUGUUCAACUGUUUGACUCUGUUUCUCAAUCUGCUGGCUUGUCUGGCUUUCUUCACCAACAACACAAACGCGGGUGUGGACUUUGGCCUCUCCAUUCUUUGGAUGAUUCUCUUCACUCCGUGCUCCUUCCUGUGCUGGUACCGACCCAUCUACAAGGCCUUUAAGACCGACAGCUCUUUCAGCUUUUUUUUCUUCUUCUUUGUGUUUUUCUGCCAAGUUGCUAUCUUCAUCAUCCAGGCUGUAGGAAUCCCCCACUGGGGAAAUAGUGGUUGGAUCACUGCCUUCACUGCCUUGUCUUCAAACAAGGCAGUGGGCGCCAUCAUGAUCGCAGUGGCCAUUCUCUUCACCAUGUGUGCUGUGGUGUCGGUCAUCUUACUUAAAAUGGUCCACAGCAUGUAUCGCCGGACUGGAGCCAGUUUCCAUAAAGCGCAGCAGGAGUUCUCACAGGGUGUCUUCACCAAUAAGACCUUCCAAACAGCUGCUGCUGGUGCAGCUUCCUCUGCUGCACAGGGAGCCUUCCAGCAAAACAACUGAUGGUAGAUGGAUCUAAGUCAGCUCCAUGUAGCAGACCAAGGUUAUCACAUGUAAAGGAUUGACCAAAGUGGUUUCCAGUCAGUGAGAACCAUCAAGCUGUUAGUGAUUGGUCCUGGUAAUUGGUGGUUCUCUGAGCAUAAAUUCACCAACGACUGGACAUUUGUGUUUGUUUCGUUAUGUAUGGACCUUGAGUUACAUGGAGCUACAUUAACUUUUGACCCUCGCUGUCACCGCAGUGAUUCUCUCUGUCACCUUUGCUCUUCAUGCCUGGUGCGGCUGCUGCAGACUGACGUUUUCCAGCUCAGUUUUAGUGAGAGUAAAAAGCAGUCAAUUAGCAAAGUCACACAUUAAACGGGCUGGAAAGCAUGAGGGAGGUUGCUGUCCCUGUUUGUCCUGGCUUUGUGUAUUUUGUGCGCAUAUAUAUAUAUAUUUUUUUUUUCCCACACUCUGCAGUGUGAUACCUGCUUGUGUGGGGGCACUGUCAUGCUGGUCACAUACCAGACUGUGUAUUGAUAAGGGUGCAGUGUGCAGGAUUGUCCACACUGAUGGUGUAAUACAAGAAAAGACAUUUUCAUGUUUGUUUUUGAUUGGCUUUUUUUUUCUUUUUUUUGGUCUUAAAAAGCAUUUCUUUUGAUAUAUUUGUGUGUCUGUGUUUGAAGAAAACAGCAGAAAUGAUCUGUGUGGUCUUAAACGUUUGGAUGAUAGCAUACUGUAAAUAUAUUUGACAGGUCUUUAAAUAUGGAAGAAUAUAAGGACAUUACUGGAAUCCUUCCUCCUAGGAAUUUGGUUGUAAAUGUAUUUUGUCAUCUUUAAUUAUAAUGCGGGAAGUCACUAUGUCAUCGUUGUUGGAGUCGAUGAGAAUCUUUUGAUAAAAGAGGCUGCAGACCACAUGAAAAUUGACCUUUGAAGGUAAACCAAGAUCUUGAAGUAAAAUUUCAGACUUCCACUUUGCUGCCAUCAUGUGACAAUCACAGUCCAUGGGCCUCAGGUCUGUGAUCGUCACAUGAUGUUUUCUAAUCAGACGUCCCAGAGGAAAGCUGUUCAUUUUCAGCUACAUGGAGCACUGGUCUCUUCAGUUGGUUUUGAUUGGCCAAGAGGAUGCAGUCUGAGUCCUCUAUUAAAUUUAGUGAUACAUUUGCAUAUGAAGGAGGAACCUCUUCAGGUUAAAAAUAUCCGAUGAACCAGGAAUCAUUUCCCAGAUGGGUCUGAAGUGCAUCUGAUCCGUGUUUCCUAACACACUUGUGUUACUAGAGUGUUUCACUGCUACUAAAGAGACUGAGUUAAAAUAUCACAUUUUCUUCUGUUCUUAUUUCAUUACUUCAAACACAAACACACCACCUCUAAAUUAUUUGAGUACCGAUGUAUAUUUCCUAUGAUUGCUCAUAUCAGAAGUGUAUUUUAUGUGAUGUAAUGUUUUAAGACAAGGGUUUUGAUAUAGUAUGCUAUGUCCCUGCAGAAUAACUGCACGCUCACACAAUGAUGUUCUUUCGGCAGACCAAGCUUGAACCUGUGUCUGUUUAAAUGGGAUAAAGCAAAUGUAUUAAUUCACACAUCGCUGUCCACAUUGUGUGAGGAGAAGAGAUAGGAGUGCCUUUUGUAUUUCAACUUUAAAUUGCAUCUAAUAAAAAAAAUGCUUUGCUUUGA